UUGACCCCUUCAAGAUCCAAGGACUUUCUAACGAUCUCACAAAAUUACCAACCUUUUCCCUGUAUGAUGUGUUUAAUUACUUGUUAUAUAAAACUGCAAAUUAUGAUCAAAGGAAAUUAAAAGCGUACAAAUCUUGUGAAGAUUAUAGACUAUUCUUCGAUGGGUAUGUUGAGAAGUUAGAAAUGAAGGAACUUGAAGAUGGAGAUAAUUACCUUAUCAAAUCCUGCGUGAAACCUACGCAGAAGGACAGGACUUACCUAAAUAAAACAGCUUAUGAUGUUUGGGUGGUUAUGUGUAAAAGUGGAAGCGUAAAUUGUGCUUACUGCACAUGCAUUGGAGGAGCUGAUGGAGGAUGUCGCCACAUCGGAGCAACCCUGUAUGAAAUUGAGGCUUUUGAUGUAAAGUCAGUCACAGAUGGAGAUAACUUGUGGGUAAAACGACCACGACAUCAUGAUUGCCCUGUGCCUAUAAAGCAACUUAAAAUCUUGAAAGCUAGGUAUGCAAGUGUGGAUUAUCACCAGUCUGCUGCUCACAGUUUUGACCCGCGCAGUGUAGAUCAGAGACAAACUUACACAGAAAUGGAAAUCGGUGAAAUAGCAAAGAAUCUUCGAGAGAUAUCCCCAAAUAUACAAGCCUUAGAUAUUCUGGAGGUACAAAAACCAGUGCAGAAUGACAAGGGAGAUGAAGCUGAUCAACAAUGUCCUGAAUGUUCUGCUUUUACCAUGCCAAACAUGUUAAAGAAAAUAGCAUCUUGUAAUGCUAAUGAAUUCCAUAACUCUGAGAAUUUAUGUACUCUUUCCAAUGAUAAUAUUUCUCACAUUGAAACAUGCACAAGUGAGCAAUCCGACUGUAAGAUUUGGCAUGAGCUGAGGAAAGGCAGAUUGACUGCAUCUAAUUUUAGUAAAGUCUGCAAAGCAGUUGAUUCUAACAAAUGUCCACCUUCACUUCUAAAGACUAUUUUAGGUGAAUAUGGAGAAAUUUCAGCUCCAUCAUUGGUGUGGGGUAAAAAGAAAGAAAAAGCAGCUCUUCAACAUUACAUGAGAAGACGAUGAACCAAGGAAUGUUUGUCUUAAAAAAGGCUGUGUUAUUAAUGAGAGAGGUGAGAUGGUUGUUUCUGAAAACUCAGAAUACUAUCAUCAGAUGCAAG